UGUGUGGAAGUACUGUCCGCGCAUAACCUGCGAUAAUGUGCAACAACCAAGCAUGCUAAUAUUUUGCUACCUCUCCUGAUUUUUUUUUUUCCUAAUGCUGAAGCUUUUUUAUUUCAGUAAGGAAUGUGGGGCAGCAGAUCGGUGUGUUUUUCAUCUCAGUCAGCAUCCAGCCUUUGUUGGGGAAACUGUGAUGAUUCAGCCACUGGACUAAUCUCAGAUGCACAUUUGCUAGAAGAGAUACGUGAUUUAAUACAAGAAUAAAAGUUAGUGAUGCAUACAGGGGAAUGCUGCUUCUUCAGACUAGAAAACUGAGGAUCUACAUUCUUUGAACUCAAAGCAAAUACUUUGACUUUCAAGAAGUCUAGGAAGUAAACCAUAGGACCCUGAUUUUUUCUUCAUGGUGGCAACUCACUGCAUCCUUGAUGCACACAGCCUUAUAAAUCAGGGAGAUUUCAAGAUGUAGCUACAAUGAAUGAAGCAAGCAGGAAAGAUUGCAAUUAGAAUAUAAGCAAAAGUAUUUUUCCCCUGAAGGAACAAGGCAUGAAUUGUAGACAGCUUUCACAAUCAGAUGGACUGUUGUCCAAGGUUUUAGCAUGCAACUUACAGCACGGGGUAUAAUUGCCUUCAUAUGGCUAAAACUGCAUAGAGACGUAUAUGGAACAAUAGGCAGAUCAAGGCCUUGAAGAUGGGGAAAAUCAUUAAACAUGUGGAUUUUUGCUGUAUUUCAGGUCCUGUUCCAUGUUAUAAGUUCUUGGGUAUCGACGCGAAUAACUCCUGCUUUUAACAAGCUCAGCCAAAAAAGGAAGAUUGAAUGGAAUUCAAGGACAGUGUCCACAUUCCAUGCCUUGGUGGUUGGUGGUUUUUGUCUGUAUAUUUUGUUGUACGACGAAGCUGUUAAUGCCGACCAUCUCUGGGGUGACCCUUCAAUAGUGCAACUGAAUAUUGCUAUUACCACAGGCUACCUCAUUUCUGAUUUGUUGCUUAUUAUUUACUACUGGAAAGCUAUUGGUGACAAAUAUUUUGUAAUACAUCACUUGGCAGCUCUGUAUGCUUACUCAUUUGUACUGAGCCGGGGCCUGCUCGCUUACUUUGGGAACUUCCGCCUGCUCGCAGAGUUCUCCACUCCUUUUGUGAACCAGCGGUGGUUUUUUGAAGUACUAGGAUAUCCCAAAUCUUCCAAGGCCAACAUCAUCAAUGGUGUGUUGAUGACAGUUGUGUUCUUCGUGGUGAGGAUUGCAGUCAUACCUAUGUACUACAGCCAUGUAUUCUCUGCAUUUGGAACAGAGGCUUUUGAGAGGUUAGGAUUUGCAGCCCAGAGCGCCUGGAUUAUCUCAAGCGUUGUUUUGGAUGUCAUGAACGUGAUGUGGAUGGUCAAAAUCACAAAAGGAUGCUACAAAGUUAUUUGUCUCAUUGGACGGGAGGAGGCCAAAACCCAUAAAAAUGGGAAAUCUGACUAGAAAUCACAUGCAUAAAAUGAAACGUGUACUGUGAAAAUAGCUUGGGUUCCGUGAAACAGUGCACGCUUCUGCUGCGGAAUGCUCCUCUUGAGGAAGCAAGGUGUUACCUCUGCAGUGAUCUCGGCCCUGCCCUGGCGCUGCCCCGCGCGGCGCUCGUGGGAUGUCACCAACCCAGCAGCAGCAGCAGUGCCAGUUCACGGGCCCAGGGACGUGAUCCGAGCACCUGGCCGCUGCCUUGGUUGUUGUCCACCAGUGCGUUCUUAAGUGUUUCACUCAGGUUUCUCACAUUCAUGUUUUAUAAACACGGUGAAUAUCGACUCUCUCUUCGAAAAUGAAACUCCUGAUAUGGUGCAAUUUUCCUGGCAUGUUCCUAUCUUUUCU